UUAAUUAAGUUAUUUAAACUUGACCGCACUAGAUUUGUGUUGGCAAUCUUGCAUGUUUGUUUUUGCGAAAUGUCAUUAACCUUGCGGUGAAUUUUGUGAUAAUUAAUGAUUUUUGUGGCAUUUGAACCGUUUGAGGUGAUAAAUAAGCGUUAGUACGUCAUUUUAGUCAAGUUAGAGUUGUUUUUUGUGUGACUGUAGUAACAUAACCUCAAUUUCUCAUGGCCGAUCGCUUGACCCAGCUCCAGGAUUGCAUAAAUCAGCAAGCCGAACACUUCUGUAACAGUAUAGGAAUUUUGCAACAGUUUGCGCCCCCUAGCAAGUUCCCGAAUUUCGACAGGAGCGGUUCCCAAACCCCCCAGCAGCAAAACCAAGAAGACUACGUCCAGUUAUUCACGACGUUGAUUGCCCGAUGCGCCAAAGAUAUCGACACUUUGAUCGAGUCGUUGCCAAGCGAGGAAAGCUCAACGGACGUGCAGUUGCAAAGUCUCCGAAUUCUCGAAUCGGAGAAUCAAGAGUCAGCCGAGCGACUGGAGGCUAUAGUGCGCAAAGGCCAGGAUCUCCUCGAGCAAAUCCAAGCGGCGUUGAGCGACAUCGCCCAAUCACAACUCGACAUGCAACAUUUGACAAAAGUCGGGAACAAAGACUAGUGAGCUGUUGAUGAAUUUUAUUUGCGGUUGAAAAACAAACACAAAUAACCAUGUACUAUUUACAGAAACAUAUAUACAAAUAAAAAAGAUAAUUUAAAAUUU